GGAGUCAAUUCUAGGCAGUCUUCAGAAUCGCUUUCAGAGCGGUCGGAGCCAAUGAAGUAAUAGACGGAGUCGUGUCAACUCUUUUGGAACAACGCUAGACCAAGAGGACAGCACAAGCAGACCUCUCGCAGAUCUCCUCGAACCCCCCCACCCCCCAAUCCCUGGAGACCCGCCCGCUGCCCUUUUCUAACGGGUGGGGGACAGUUCCGCCCGUCCAUCUCCACCGGUCCAGCCGGCGGCCUCUCAAUCAGGCCCAUCAGUCCGCAGCGGGGAGCACCAGGCCGGCAGCCAAGCUGGAGGGAGCAGGAGGAGGAGGAGGAGGAGGAGGAGGAAGUGGCGGAGGGGAGCAGCAGGGGACCGUGACGUCCGAUGCCCCCAGCUUCAUGUUGAGGCACAGAGGCUGUGGGAGCUCUGCUGUGGACGCUGAUGGUGCCACUACAGAGGGACCGGGGGGCUCCAAAGAGGUCCACCUGGGGGGUCACGCGCACAAUGGACAGAGCAGGAGGCGACCCAGUGAUCUGGAGUGGCGGAAGGAGGCGGUGGAGGAGGACGGAGAUGGGACUGAAAACUGCAGCUCCCCUGUGGAGGAGGAGCCGAAGACUCCAGACGAGGGCUUCAUGGGGUUGACACCCCUGUUACAGGCCCACCACGCCAUGGAGAAGAUGGAGGAGUUUGUGCACAAGGUCUGGGAGGGCCGGUGGCGUGUCAUCCCACACGACGUGCUGCCGGAGUGGCUCAAGGACAACGAGUUCCUGCAGCACGGCCAUCGUCCGCCCAUGCCGUCCUUCAGGGCCUGCUUCCGGAGCAUCUUCAGGAUCCACACGGAGACCGGCAACAUCUGGACGCACCUUCUGGGCUGUUUGUUCUUUCUGUGCCUGGGCAUCAUGUACAUGUUCCGGUCCAACAUGUACUUUGCUGCCCCGUUCCAGGAGAAGAUCGUUAUAGGCAUAUUCUUCAUCGGAGCCAUCCUCUGUCUGUCUUUCUCCUGGCUCUUCCACACCGUGUACUGCCACUCAGAGGGCGUGUCCCGCGUCUUCUCCAAACUGGACUACUCUGGCAUAGCCUUCCUGAUAAUGGGCUCCUUUGUUCCGUGGCUGUACUAUUCAUUCUACUGCUCCCCCAACCCCAGGUUAAUCUAUCUAAUCGUUGUCUGCAUCCUGGGUGUCUCGGCCAUCAUCGUCUCCCAGUGCGACUUCUUCGCCAAGCCACAGUACCGCGGCGUCAGGGCAGGUGUGUUUGUGGGUCUGGGCCUGAGCGGCGUGGUCCCCACCCUGCACUUCGUCAUCACCGAGGGGCUCCUGAGGGCCACCACCAUGGGCCAGAUGGGCUGGCUCCUACUCAUGGCCACGCUCUACAUCGCCGGCGCCGCCAUCUACGCGGCCCGCAUCCCUGAGAGGUUCUUCCCGGGGAAAUGCGACAUCUGGUUCCACUCCCAUCAGCUGUUCCACAUCCUGGUUGUAGCGGGAGCGUUCGUCCAUUUCCACGGUGUGUCCAACCUGCAGGCGUUCCGCUACGCGGCCGGGGCGGGCUGUGAGGUGGACAACGCCCUUUGAGGCUACCAAAAAAUGCCACGCCCACGGUGACCGUCGCCACAACCGGGAGACACACGGGUGCACACUCUCCUCUGUGGUGGCCAGUCUCUCUGUGCGCCCCCUACAGAAUGACUCAUAGAGGAAACCAGGAGAAAAGACUGAGGGGGGGGGGGAGAUGGAGGGAGAUUGGGAAAAAAAAAACACCUUUUGUCUAGUUUUUGUUUUCUCUUUACUGUUUUGAGGGGUUCACUGCUUCAAGGGUUGAGACCACCCACCCCCCCCACCCCCCCCAAAAAAAAAUGUUGAGGGAAGGGAAUAAACUUGUAAAUUGUAGAAUUUGUCAUGGCUGUUAUAAUUCUGAACAUGCUGCUCAUGAUGUGAAGCAGUGGAGAGGCUUAUGUGGGUUCAUUGUGUCAAACUAAAGAAGAGCAAAGAGGUCAUUCAAAAAGUGGAGUAAGAACAUUUGAAUUUGAUGUAUUUUUGUUUUUUCUUCCAUAAAAAUUGCGGGGGGUGGGGGUGGAGUGGGGGUCCAGGAAGGCCACUUUUACAAACGUUUUUUUUUCAUGUAAAUAAGAUUUCUAAAUUUGGGUUAUAUAGAUUUGUAUUGAAUAUAUGAAGAAAAAAAAAAUGCAAGUUGAUGAUUUUGACCGAGAGGAGUUCAUUGGGGUUAGAGGGCAACCGCGUCCGAUUGAAGGAAGCCACUGCGCUGAGAUCGUCUGUGUGGCAGUAGGGGAGCACGUCUCCACCAGUCUGAAGGGGUUAAACCUCCGGCUGGAUACUCAGCCUCUGACUGUCUGAAGCAGUGCCGCAGUUGGCCAAUCAGGUGCCGUAUUACUGAACUAGGGGACCAACGGGCUGUGUCGGUAUUCCAAACGGAACCCGGUCCCCCGUGAAGUGCACUCCCUUUAACCCUAGCCCGCUGAGGCCCAGGUCGAAAAGACUGCUCCGUGUUGGGAUUAGGGUGCCAUUCAUGUGGAUGUGGGACCCGGAUCUUGAGCUGUCGCUACUGUGUAUGAAGUGAGUGCACGGCCAAAAUGGCACCCGAUUCCCGAUAUGGUGCGGUGCUUUUGACCUGAGCCCGACACAGGCACCUGCGGUGAUGGACUAGGGGAGUGGUGCCGUUCUUGAAGCGCGUCGUCAGUUUCCGACCCCGUCCCGACCCUGUCCCGGCCCUAGGCUCCUUGUUUAGGUAUUGCAUAAAGUGACUUUUUGUAGUAAGUUUUUGUGUGAAGUGUGAUUCAUUGACUUUGAGGCCGCAUCCCAGAAUGGUAUACAUUCCCCUACUGAGGGCACUACUUUUGACCAGGGCUCUGGUUACGAAAUGGGUUGCCACUUGGAAUGAUGCCUAACAAUAUGGACCAGCUUUUCACGAGUCAUCUGAUUGGAUGUCAGCAAUCAGGGGUCAAUGCAGAGAGGUCGAAUCAGGAGUCAGUGCUUAGAGGCGGGGUGAUUCACUGACUUGCGUGGGGAAACCCUUUUCUAGUUCUUGUUCCUAUGCAUUCAAUCCUAUUCGAUUGCCAAAAUCCAAAUCCGGUGACUUUUUAAAAACUGUCCAGAACAUCAACGAUAGUUCAGAACAAAGAUCUCAGAUGUGUGAUUGAUUAUCAGUUUGUUUUGCUAUUAUCUUUGUAAAAUUCAUUUUUUUUAGUUGAUUUUCUUUCAACGUUUACAAAUUGUGUCUAGGUUUCUUUCUAUUCUCUUGCAACGAUAUGUACGAACCAAACCACUGUCCUGUUUCCACAGUGAGACGUAGUGUAUUAAGUACAGUGUUUCAAAACGACUUUCUCUAGACAUGCAUUGCUGUGCUAAGGCCCAGAUCCUUCUCGCUCCAAACCCGAUGAAUCUGCUGCACACCCUGCUCUGUACAAAUGUACCUGUCGCUGAAGGACAAACACUAGCAUUUAUUCAUUUUAAAAAGGUCGAAACAGGGUGGAGUCAAAGCCAGGCCCUGUUUCAUAAGUAGUUUUCCGACUAAAACCUAGUUGCCCCGUGUGUAUGUGCUUUAGCCAACAUGUGCCAUGACAUUAGGAGUCGGAUUAGUUUGCUAAAUCCCAAACAUGCAGUGUGUGGGUCCAUUUUCCCCAAAGCAUCUUUGAGGUAAGUUCCUCCUUGGAAUGUUGUCACAUUCGUGAGAUGUUGUGAAAAAGCCAUUGCAACCGAAGCUGCACUCGAAGCCCAAUCACUUCAGAAUGAAGUCUACUCAAAAAGGAGAAGGAAAAAAAAGGUCUUGGCAAUUGGUACCAACAGGUGGUAGGAUAAAACAUUAAUAUGAACACAGAACACACUGCAUUAAAUGUAUAGGCUCAAUGAAUAGGGCUGUUUUUAAGUAUAGGCUACAGGUAUCAGCUCCGAACACAUUGUGUUCAAUUUAGCCAUUAGGCUGUAGUAUUUUGCCUCUGUAUAUUUAACAAAUAACAACAGGAGUGCAAUAAUGUGCAGCAUCUGCAAUUGGCGUGUAUUUGGGUAUGCAUAAAACUCCCUCUCAAUAUUUGUAACCAUGGUAAUAUCUCUAGGAAAUGAUUGGUGGUAUGUUCUAAUGUUAUGGUGAAAUUUGAUUGGCAAAGGCAACACUUCUUUUCUCUGUCGUACCACGAUCUGACAAUUCAUCCCGUGUGUUUUUCAAACUGCAUCUUCAACCAUUGCAGGAACAAUACAUUGUGAAACUACUCGCGAGACUUAAACCUUAUGGUUAUCGGGGAAUUGGGCACGUAGACCACAGUUUGGUUUGUCAGACCAAUUACGCAGCCAUCUUCAUCAGUGUUUUAAUUUCUGUUGGGAUUUAAAAGUGUGUUUAAACCUGAUCAGGGAGGCAGUUGUCACUCUUUAAGGGGAAGAGUUUCCCCCCUUUGUCCUUCUCUUGGGUUAGGGUUCCUGGUUCCAGAUCUUUUUGGGCUGUAUUGCCAAAUCAAUGUUAAGAAUAUUGCUGUAGGAGCAACAGGUGAUGGGGAGGGAGAUUGCACACGCACGUCUGGGUCCAGGAUAGGUCCUUGACACUCUGCAUCAACACUAUACAUAAACAUAGAAACCUUCUGCCCCAUAGUUAAGAGGCCCUUUGUUUCUUUUCGAUAUUGUCAACGGUCAAGAGAGACAUGGGAGGAAAACUUUUUUUUCACUUUAUUUUUUUGGUGUGCUUUGAUAUUUUUAUCAUUUUAAAAGUAAUUUAUUUAUUUGUUUUCUUUUGGGAAGUGCAUAUUGUUUGUUGUUGAAGCACAUUCAGUUUUGAGAGGAUGAUUGAGCUUUAUAUCUGCUGUAUUGUUCUAAUAAAAGUUUAUAUCUGCUG